ACUGGUUUGACUUGUCACGGAGCCUCUCGGUCAAGCCAUGUUUCGAUCGCAGAAAUAAAGCAAAGAAAGUAGUUUCUCUCAGAGGGGAAGAGGCGAUAAAGUCGGGGGGAUCGGCGCAGAGCGCGAGACGAAGCGGGCAGGAUGGGCGACCCGGCGGACACCGCGUAUAAAACCACCGGAUCCAAGUGGCUGCUGCCCGUCAGCGGAUAUUUAGGCUUCCCUCUUGAUCAGGUGAAUUUUCUGGCGUGCCAGCUCUUUGCCCUGGCCGCUGCCUUCUGGUUCCGUCUCUACCUCAGCCCCAGCCACGCCAACCCCCUGAUCAGGCACGCCGUGGCCACCCUCCUCGGCAUCGCCUUCCUCAUCUUCUGCUUCGGAUGGUUCUCCGCUCACAUCAUGACGGUGGUGGUUGUAAACUACUUGAUCAUCCUUCAAGCUGACAUCAACAAUGUACACAAAUACUCCAUGAUGGUCACCAUGGGCUACCUGACGGCGUGCCAAGUGAGCCGAGUCUUCAUUUUCAACUAUGGGAUACUGUCCACGGACUUCUCUGGACCUCUGAUGAUAGUAACCCAGAAGAUCACCACGCUGGCGUUCCAGCUCCAUGAUGGUAUUAGUAAGAAACCUGAACAACUAACAUCAGAACAGAAGCUUAUGGCCAUAAAUGUGAGGCCGUCCCUCAUCGAGUACCUCAGUUAUAACCUGAACUUCCUGAGUGUCUUGGUGGGACCGUGCAAUGACUAUAAGGACUAUAUCGACUUCAUAGAGGGCAGACACAUCAGCAGGAGGCUCAGGCGCCACUCGGGCGCGUGCAACGGCCAGAACGGCUACAGUAAGACCCCGGAGCCAUCGCCCCUGGGUGCCGUGUGUCAGAAGUUGCUUGUGUGCUGCGGCUGCAUGCUGUUCUUCCUCACCGUGACCCGGUCCCUGCCGAUCUCGUACAAUGUGAACCCCGACUUCGUCAACAGCGCCCCCUUCCUCACCAGACUGGCUUACGCCUUCUUCUCAAUCCAAGCUGCAAGGCCCAAAUUCUAUUUUGCCUGGACGUUAGCUGAUGCAGUAAACAACGCUGCUGGUUAUGGCUUCUCCGGGUUGGAUGAAAACGGAAAGCCGUCCUGGGAUCUGAUCUGUAACCUCAACAUUAUUGGGAUUGAGACAGCGACCAGCUUCAAGACCUUCAUAGACCACUGGAACAUCCGAACAGGAAUUUGGCUAAAAACGGUGUGUUACGACCGAGCCCCCCGGCACCGGCUGGCACUGACCUUCAUCCUGUCCGCCCUGUGGCACGGCGUUUAUCCCGGCUAUUAUUUCACCUUCCUCACAGCCAUCCCCAUCACCAUGGCUGCACGAGCUAUCCGGAGGUCUGUUCGGCACCACUUCCUGGGCUCCAGUGGUUUGAAGCUGGGCUACGAUGUCUUAACCUGGGCGGCCACUCAGUUUGCCAUCUGCUACACCGUCAUGCCUUUCCUGCUGCUGGCGGUCGAUCAGACUCUGGUGUAUUACAGGUCCAUGUACUUCCACGUGCACAUCAUCAGCAUUCUGGCUGCAGUUGCCCUGCAUCGGAAACAUAAACCCAGGGAACCCUCAGCCUCCGUCUCCUCCUCCUCCCUCUCGGCUCCGGGCUCAGCCGGGUGCCAGCCUGUUCACUCCAACAACAAUGACAAAGUAGACUGAACCCCCCCCCCCCCCCCCCCACCCUUCGCGUUCUUUUACCAGGCUCUCGGUGCUCCAUCUUCAAAGCGAGUGUCUCCGGACGGCACUCGGACAAUAUGAUGCUAUUUAUUUUUUUCAGGACAAUGUUUCAGGAAAACUUUAACGGUACAACAUGAAGUCUGCGGCUCUGACGUUCAUGACGAUAUAUCUUCCAUAAACUCACCUCGUAGCCUCAAGAAAAACAUCUCGGACCACUGAGCCCUCCAACCCCCCCCACCCCCCACCACCACCACCAACCGGCCUGCCCACUUUCCAGGAACAAUGCGACAGUGUGAAGACCGAGAUGAGCCUGGCUUUCUGCGCUGUCCGACUGACUGGUGGGACGGGAGCCAGCGCAGUGGGAGAGGAGCUCAUAAACGAGGAGGUGGGAGGUGGGGGGGCGGCGGCGGCACAAAUACCAGGACACAUGCACACAAAGUGAUGCACAGGCAGAGAUCGGGAAACAAACACGCACAUACUCUCUGUAAGGCACGCUCAUACUCUGUCACACUCUGGUGGCGCACAAAGGCUGCCCUUGUGAGGCCACAGAGCCGCAUGCCAAGUGGAGAACCAGUGAGAGAGAGAAAGUUGCACUCGUUGCACCCACUUUGUGCAGGGACUGCUAUGAAUGUGUUGGUGUGUGGACCCUGCUACUGAAAAACUACGAAAUGUGUCAGUAUUUCUCCCGCUGUUCACUUGCUGGGAUGAAAACUACAUACAAUAUGGAUCGUACCAUUCAGCCUUUUCCAGUUCUUCGAACCAUAAAUACUUGGGUAAUGUUUUUUUUAAGCAGGAAUGGAGAUCCUCCCGGUGAGGAAACCAUCCUGUGGAACACCACAAUACUUUGUUACAGUAUACAGAGUAAUCCUGGGCUUUAGUCAUGUAUCUGUACGCAUAAAUGAAAGAAGUUUUUUUUCUCGUGUAGUUUUGCUUUGCACAGCUGUAAGUAGUGAUAUUAGGAGUAAAUACAGUCCAGUGGUUUAAAAUGCACUUCAGGUUGACUUUCCUGUUGUUGCAACAGGGGAAUUCAACAGAGGUCUAAAGGUCUGUCAUGCGCACGGUGCUGGAUACCUGGUGUCAUGAUGCAGAGAAACUGAACUAAAGGCUGAGAAGAGCUGCGUGGAAGGGUUUGGAGACCGUGAGAUGUGAGAAGUGAGAGCGCAGUGUUGUGUUCCCUCAGCGGUUCUCUGGAGGACUGAGACGUGGAUCCAACAGAGACAUCUGCUGGUUGUUUUUGCACCGUCUGAACUGAGGGAAGUCAUGAAGGCCACCUGCCUGACUGAAACUGCUGUGCAGCUCCGAGCAGAACGCUGAUUUUUAUUCCACUAAUAUUAAAAUUUCAACACAUUCAAAUCCGUUCACUACAUUGUACUUCAGCACAACUAGAAGCCAUGAAUCAGAAAAUGUUUUUGUUUUCAGAUGAGCUAAACGCAGGAAAACAAACAAACAAAAAAAAAAAAACGAAAAUGAAUACACUUUAAA